AGCUCUGCAUGAUUGUCCGCAUUUCGCUUGUGAAAGAAAAUGGAGCACAUGGAAAAUGAGAGUCCCGAGGUAAAAAAUCAACAUGAAGAGGGGCAUCAUAACAGUGAGGUGGCCCGUCUUGAAGAAUACAAGAAGCUUAUUGAUGCAAAGGCUGCGCUCCGUCAGAGUAACCUAAACCCUGAGAGGCCUGAUGCAAGUUACCUGAGAACACUUGAUUCCAGUAUUAAGCGCAACACGGCAGUUAUCAAGAAGCUCAAAAUGAUAAGUGAUGAACAAAAGGAUAGCUUAAUGGAUGAAUUGAAAAGUGUCAACUUAAGCAAAUUUGUGAGUGAAGCAGUUUCUCACAUAUGUGAGGUCAAACUUCGUUCUGCUGACAUGCAAGCUGCUGUCCAGAUCUGUUCACUGCUCCAUCAAAGAUACAAGGACUUCUCUCCUUGCCUUAUUCAAGGACUCCUGAAAGCCUUCUUUCCUGGGAAAUCUGGAGAUGAUCUGGAUUCAGAUAAGAACUCAAGGGCCAUGAAGAAAAGAAGCACGCUAAAACUUCUUAUGGAACUGUACUUUGUUGGAAUUGUUGAAGAUGCUAGUACUUUCAUAAACAUUAUAAAGGAUCUUACAUCAGUGGAGCAUUUGAAGGACCGUGAAACGACUCAGACAAAUUUGUCUCUCCUUGCCAGUUUUGCUCGCCAAGGAAAACAUUUUCUUGGAUUACAAAAACACGGGCAAGAAGCUUAUGAUGAGUUUUUUAUGGGCCUCAAUGUUACCGAUGAUCUGAAAACGUUCUUCAAGAAAGCCUUGUGCUCUUAUUAUGAUGCCGCAGCUGCAAUUCUCCAGUCAGAACAUGCGUCUCUUCGUGCAAUGGAGUCUGAAAAUGCAAAGAUUUUAAAUGCCAAAGGCGAACUAAGUGAUGAGAAUACUGUCUUGUAUGAGAAGCUUCGGAAAUCUUUCGAUCAGUUAUUGCGCUGUGUUUCAUCCUUAGCUGAAGCUCUUGAUAUGCAGCCUCCUGUUAUGCCAGAUGAUGGACAUACAACAAGGGUAACUACAGGGACUGAGUUAUCCCCUUCUGGGAAAGACUUCACUGUAGUAGAACCUAUCUGGGAUGAUGAAGACACAAAGGCAUUUUAUGAAUCUUUGCCUGAUCUCAGAGUAUUCGUGCCUGGUGUACUAUUGGGAGAAGCUGAACCAAAGUUAGUAGAUCAACAAGGAGAAGUCCACGAACAAACUAGCGAGAUUAAAUUGGAACAAGGAAUUAAAUUGGAACACGGAACUAAAGUUCAAGACAAUGCUGAAACUUCUACUUCUGAACACCAAUUGGAGGGAAAAGAACAUGUUGGAGCCAAGAAUAGAGAAAAGAAAGAGAAAUCAGACAAAGAAAAUUCUAAAGAAAAAGAUGCUGACCGGAAAGGGGAUAUUGAAAGAGAAAAAGUAAGAGCCACAGAUGGUGCAAGUUUGGAUAACCUGCUACUGAGGCUACCGAGAUGUAUCAGCCGAGAUCUAAUUGAUCAAUUGACGGUAGAGUUUUGCUAUCUGAAUUCUAAAGCAAACAGGAAGAAACUUGCGCGAGCCUUAUUCAAUGUUCCAAGGACUUCGCUGGAACUGUUACCAUAUUAUUCCCGUUUAGUUGCAACUUUGUCCACAUGCAUGAAGGAUCUCCCAAGUAUGCUCUUAUCAAUGCUUGAAGAAGAGUUUAACUUUUUGAUCAAUAAGAAGGAUCAGAUCAAAAUAGAAUCAAAAAUUAAAAACAUAAGGUUUAUUGGGGAAUUGUGCAAAUUCAAAGUUGCACCUUCAGGCCUUGUUUUUAGCUGUUUGAAGGCUUGCUUAGAUGAUUUCAGCCAUCAUAACAUUGAUGUGGCCUGCAAUCUUCUUGAGACCUGUGGACGCUUUCUUUAUCUCUCACAAGGAACUGCAGUUCGCAUGUCAAACAUGCUGGAAAUACUGAGGAGGUUGAAAAAUGUGAAGAAUUUGGAUCCACACCACAGCACACUUGUAGACAAUGCCUAUUACUUGUGCAAACCACCUGAAAGAUCUGCCAGAGUCUCUAAAGUUCGCCCACCUCUGCAUCAGUACAUAAGGAAGCUGCUUUUCUCAGAUCUUGACAAAACAAGUGUUCAACAUGUUCUUCGUCAGUUACGCAAGCUACCUUGGGCUGAGUGUGAGCAGUACCUGGUGAAGUGUUUUCUCAAGGUUCACAAGGGAAAGUAUAGCCAAGUUCAUCUGAUUGCUCUUCUAACUGCUGGUCUUAGUCAUUACCAUGAUGAUUUUCCCGUGGCUGUGGUAGAUGAGGUUCUUGAGGAGAUUAGAGUUGGACUUGAGCUGAAUGACUAUGCAAUGCAACAACGGCAACUUGCCCACAUGCGAUUCCUUGGGGAGCUAUAUAACUAUGAGCAUAUCGAUUCGUCAGUUAUUUUUGAGACACUGUACCUUAUUAUUGUAUUCGGUCAUGGAACACCGGAACAAGAUCUGCUUGAUCCCCCAGAAGAUUUUUUCAGGAUAAGGAUGAUCAUUAUACUUCUCCAGACUUGUGGUCACUAUUUUGAUAGAGGCUCUUCAAAAAGAAAGCUUGACAAGUUUUUGCUAUAUUUUCAAAGAUAUGUUCUCAACAAAGGGCCAUUGCCACUUGACGUUGAGUUUGAAGUUCAGGAUAUGUUUGCUGAGCUACGGCCUAACAUGACUAGGUAUUCAUCUAUGGAAUUGUUGGCUUCUGCUCUGGUUGAGCUUGAAGAAAAUGAGAAGACAAAACAACCUGAAAUUGCUGCUUUUGAUGCCAGCUGCAAAAGCUCAGCAAGCAGACCUGACAAAAACGGUAGGGAUCACGAAGAAGCAGCAGACAGUGAAAGAUAUUCAGGCGUCCAUCGCGAUGGACAUGAAGAUGUGGACUCUCUGUACGAAGAAAAAUCAGAUGAUAGGUCAGAGAAUGGUGUCGACAGUGACGUUGAUGAUACACCUGCUGGUUCUGAUGAAGAAGAAACUGUCAAGGUUAGACGUAAGGUGGUAAAAGUUGACUCUAAGGAGCAAGAAGAGUUUGACCGGGAGCUGAAGGCCCUUCUACAGGAAAGCUUGGAGUCACGUAAGUUGGAGCUACGGACGAAGUCCACUUUGAACAUGGCCGUGCCGAUGAGUAUCUUUGAGGGGCCAAAGGAGCCAAGAGCCACUGAAACAGAGAGUGGACAAGAAAGUGCGGCGGAGGAAAGCGGAAAUGCCAGGGCUGGUAGCAAGGUCAACGUGUGCGUGAGGGUGCUAGUGAAGAAAGGGCACAAGCAGCAGACGAAGCAAAUGCUUAUCCCUGGCGACUGCUCGCUUGUUCAGAGCACGAAGCAGCAAGAGGCAGCUCUGCUCGAGGAGAAGCAAAACAUUAAGCAGAAGAUUCUUGAAUACAAUGAGAGGGAGGAGGAAGAACUCAGCGGAGGGUCAUUCCAAACUGGGUCCUGGGGUCAAGGUGGAAACAGCCCUGUUAGCAGUAUCAGCUCCGCUGGACGUGGUACCUGGGAUGGUUCAGGCAGGGGUGGGCGUGGUCGACAGCAGCGGUACUAUGUCGCUGGCGGGAUCUACCAUGGGUAUGGCAGGGGAAGGUGAGCCUCAGGUGGUAACUAAAAUCGCGGUUUAGUUUCUUGGCUGCCUUGGGGAAAGGAAAUUGCCUCUUUCUCACUGACGUAAGUUGGCAUUACCCAAAGGAUGAAACGUAACCAAAGUUUGGAAGCUGGCAUAGGUUCUGUAGUAAUCUGCCAUGGUUGCGGUCACGUGUAAAGUGGGUUUUAUCUCCUGGCUAACAUAGAUGGGUUUUAGGAGGUUUCUCUUGUGCACAAUAUGUUCUCGCUGCCACAGAUGCAGGCUAGCUUACUGUAGUUUCCACCACUGGUCUGCAACUUCGUUACCGCAGCACAGGGGCCUCUGCAAACGGUAGAACCUGAGCACGAGAAUCAUACUCAGUCCUUGAAUCCAAAACUACUGGUUACCUUU